AUGGAGUUGGAGUCUGACACCCAGCCCUCCACGGCCCAAAUCGUGUCCGGACACGCACGUUGUCACGCCAAGGACGCAAGACACGGUACCAAGGAGGCGCGCAGAGGCGAAACGAUGACACGGCGUGAGCAUGGACCAAUCGCGAAUGCUAUCCCCUCCCCACCCCGCAUUUACUCGCAGCUAGACUACAAAACAUGCCAACGCUGGCUGUCUUCUCAUUUCCCUGACGAUGGCCUCUUAUGUGAAGCCAAAAGCUCAGAAUAA